AUGCUCUCCUCCCCUGACGAUUUGGCAGAGGGGGAGAAAUUUCCUCCACGAGAUCCCGAGAGACAAGGCAUUCAGAGAUUAGAGAAACCUCAGCUUGGUGGGGUUGGCAUCGUCUUCCAGGGAACUGAUGACGGAGGGUUGAGAGUGAGCUCAGUCUCGUUUGGUGGCCCUGCCGAGAACAAGGUGAUGAUCGGCGAUAUUCUCAUCACUGUCAACAGCAUACCGAUCGAUGGCAUGACAGAUCAAGAGCUCGCCAAGAAUCUGCUCGGACCCGUCGGUUCGCCUGUGCAACUUGGCGUCCUGCGACCAGGUGUUGGGCUGCUGCAGCUUUCGCUCAUUCGCUCCGUCACGAACAACCAGCGCAACGCGUACAACGCCAGCAGUCUCACGCCCUAG